CGAGGACAGAACCAGGUGCUGUCUGCCGCCGCCAUGCCGGAAAUCGAGAGGAAAUCCAAGAUCACCGCUUCCCGCAAACUCAUGCUGAAGAGCCUGAUGCUGGCCAAGGCCAAGGAGUGCUGGGAGCAGGAGCAUGAGGAGCGCGAGGCCGAGAAGGUGCGCUACCUGGCUGAGCGGAUCCCCAAGCUGCAGACCCGCGGCCUGUCCCUCAGUGCCCUGCAGGACCUGUGCAGGGAGCUACAUGCUAAGGUGGAGGUGGUGGAUGAGGAGCGAUAUGACAUUGAGGCCAAAUGCCUCCACAACACCAGAGAGAUUAAGGACUUGAAGCUGAAGGUGCUGGAUCUCCGCGGGAAGUUCAAGCGCCCGCCCCUGCGUCGGGUCCGGGUGUCUGCCGAUGCCAUGCUGCGUGCCCUUCUGGGCUCGAAGCACAAGGUGUCCAUGGACCUACGGGCCAACCUCAAGUCUGUGAAGAAAGAAGACACAGAGAAGGAGCGGCCCGUGGAGGUGGGUGACUGGAGGAAGAACGUGGAGGCCAUGUCUGGCAUGGAGGGCCGCAAGAAGAUGUUCGAUGCUGCCAAGUCUCCAACCUCACAGUAGAGGCACACUUGCUACGUGGCACUCUGGGUUCCUGCUUCAGACUCCUGCUCACCUAUCCCGGCCCCUGUCUGGAGUGUCCCCUGGGACCCCUUCCCUCCCACCCACAUGCACACGAGGAGAAAAGCAAGUGUCAGAAACUUCAGCCCAGCAGAGUGGGCCUCCAACCACCAUGAAGCACCCCAGGGCCCAGCAGCCACCUGGAACGGUUGCAGGCUAAGGAGGGGGCUGGGGAGAGCAUUCUCCUCGAGGCCUGUACCGUCUCCCUCCGCCACGGUUGCAAUGGGCUGUGUUCAUGGGCAUCAUGGCUCACCAUUA